GCCGAGUACGAGAUGGGGAUAAAGCUACGGCUAAAAUCCUAAAACCUCCCGUCUGAAAGGAAGGCAAGAAAAUGGCAGCACCACCUCUCAGCCUUGCACGCCGCGUCGCCGGCGCCUCUUCCCCAGCCACCGCGGCGCAUUCCUCCUCCCGUUCCCGUUACUUUCGUCCUUGCCUGCUCCCUUCAAAGCGGUGGAGUGGGGUGGUGAAGAUGGGGGCGGCAGUGGGAGGCGGGCAGGGGGGCGAGGAGGAGGAGACGAGGCAGGCCAAGGAGAUGGCCGCCGCCAGGAGGCGCUGGGAGACGCUGAUCAGGGAGCAGAAGAUUAAGACGCUUACACCAAGGGAAGCCGGCUAUACAUUCAAACUCACCGACAAGGUCCUUCUGGAUGUCAGGCCUUCAAAUGAGCGUCAAAAGGCCUGGGUGAAAGGUUCUACCUGGGUUCCUGUAUUCGACGUGGAUACGUCAUCUGAUUUGAAUGGACUCAGCAAGAAAGCAUUCAACUUUAUGAUUGGUGGCUGGUGGAGUGGCAGCUCAACAAUGUCAUUCAAUAAGAACUUUGUACAACAGGUCGAGGAGAAGUUCUCAAAAGAUACAGAUAUCAUCCUAGUAUGCCAGAAGGGACUGAGAUCAAUUGCUGCCGCAGAGCAACUUUACAAUGGUGGCUUCGAAAAUUUAUUCUGGGUACAAGGAGGAUUGGAAGCUGCUGAAGAGGAGGACUUUGAGCGGGAAGGUUCCCAACCAUUCAAGCUUGCUGGUAUUGGUGGGGUUUCUGAAUUUUUUGGCUGGACGGAUCAGCAACGUGCACAGGCUGCAAAGGAAGGAUGGGGAUAUCGGCUGCUCUUCACGGGCCGAUUGGUUGGGGCAAUUGUGCUAGCAGAUGCUCUGUUCGUGGGUGCUCAAAGUAUUGGCCCUCUACUUCAACAGUUACAGCCUCAUUAACUGAUCGAUUCCGAGGAAGAUGCUGUGGUGUUGAGGCUAACUUAAAGGCGGCAUUUCUGCGUUCAUCUUGAGAGAGACCCCAAACAAGUGCACGAGGAGACAAUUGCCUGCCAUGUUAGCACACAGAGACUAAAUGCUGUCUUGUAGAAGUAUCUAGUUAUGACCUCUUAUCGAAAAAAAAAAUCUAGUUAUGAACUAGAGCCUCAUUUGGACUUGAUGAGUUGCACAAAUUCGGGCCAAACAGGAUAAUCUGAUGAUCUUCGUGGAAUUGUUCAGUUGAAAAUCCUGUUGGAA